UAAUUCUUAUUCUUCCUCGCAAGUCUCAAUAUCUCCCAUCGAAGUAGAGAAUUAAUUUAAGCGCCUUCAUUAAUCUAUGAUUGAUCGAUCGAUGCAUAUUCCACCGUUAUUCAACUUCUUGCACCUAGUAUGGCUGCUUGUGCCGGCAUCAUCCUCUUCCCCCGACUCCGUCGAUCCAUCGGCGCUCGGGAUGGACGCCCCCAGCUGCAAUUUCGACUUCCCAUUCGGCGCCCCAGGCUUCUCCCAAUACCGAAAGGGCUUCGAGGUGUCUUGCAACCCCAGCCUUUCGGGGAGCCCCUCGUGGCUCCAAGUCGGCUCGAAGAAGCUGCAGAUAAUGAACAUCUCGAUAGCCGAAGGCUACGUGCGCACCGGAAUCACCCCAUCCACGUGGCAGUGCUCUCGCUCGGGCGAGACGGGAGAGGGCAUCAGCCUGGAGGGCACCCCGUUCACCUUCUCCCACACGCGGAACAAGCUGACCGUCGUCAGUUGCGACACCUUCGUCAGCUUUGCGGACCAUCGAAAUUCUAGCGUCUCCGUCGGCUGUGUCUCCUUCUGCCCCUCGCAGCUGAGCAUUACGGAUGGCGCCUGCUCUGGUGUCGGCUGCUGUCAGGCCGCGAUCCCCGUGGGGCUCAAGAGUUUCGACGCACAAUUCUACAGCAUCCCGGACGAGAUAAAACGGCGGUGGAAACUGAAAGUUAACAACACUCUGCAGCCGAUGACGCCCUCCUCGUCCGGUCACCAAAGAAAGGAAGCUCCAAGUAUAGUUUUCGAAAACACGACGCCGCUGUGCAGCAAGGUGUUCAUCGCGGAGUAUGAAAAUUUCACCUUCUCGAAGAGGUAUCUGGAGAUCAGCGGCGACUGGGAGGACGCGCCCCUGUCAAUGGUGUUGGAUUGGGCGAUCGGGAACGAGACGUGUGUGGAUGCGAGGCGGAGGAACGCGUCUGACUAUGCUUGCAUCGACGAUAACAGCUCCUGCUACGACUCCCCGGAUGGGGUGGGGUAUCGCUGCAACUGCAGUGAGGGCUAUCAGGGCAACCCUUACGUCGCCGGCGGAUGUCAGGACAUUGAUGAAUGCGCGGAUCGAGACAAAAACAACUGCCUGUGGAAUUGCAGGAACGAGCCCGGGAAAUACCGUUGCAUUUGUCCACGCGGACACCGGGGAGAUGGAACCAAGUACGGAAGUGGUUGCACCAGGGAAGCCGCAAUUACAGAGAUUGGCCUAGCGGUUGGGCUGUCGGCUAUGAUUCUGAUCUUCCUGGGAAGCUUGUGGAUAUACUGGCUGCUGAAGAAGCUGAGGCUCGGAAGACUCAAACGUCAGUACUUCAUGCAAAACGGAGGCCUACUAUUGCAGCAGCGAAUCACAUCCGCUCGCAGGGCCACCGCGAGGAUCUUCACCAUCGAAGAGCUCGAGAGAGCCACCAAUGGCUUCAGCAAGGACAGAGUGAUCGGCCACGGCGGCUACGGCACGGUAUACAAAGGAAUACUUCCUAACGACCAGAUCAUCGCCAUUAAGAGAUCGAAGCUGGUGGACGAAAUCCAGAUCGAAUCCUUCAUAAACGAGGUGGCCAUCCUCUCUCAGAUCGAUCAUAAGAACGUGGUUAAGCUACUGGGUUGCUGCUUAGAAUCUCAAGUCCCUCUCCUGGUCUACGAGUUCAUCUCCAACGGCACACUUUUCCGCCACAUUCACGAGAAACCCAACAAUGUGAUUCCGUGGGAGGCUCGCCUCCGAAUCGCAGCAGAGACCGCGACAGCUCUGGCGCAUCUUCAUUCGAGGGCUUCUGUACCCAUCAUUCAUAGGGACGUUAAGUCAGCUAACAUAUUGUUGGACGAGAGCUACACCGCAAAGGUGGCGGAUUUCGGGGCUUCGAGGUUGGUGCCUUGCGACCGCACGCACGUAACGACGCUAGUGCAGGGGACGCUGGGUUAUUUGGACCCCGAAUACUUCUACACGAGCCGGUUGACGGAAAGAAGCGACGUUUACAGUUUCGGAGUUGUGCUGGUGGAGCUGCUAACGGCGGAGAAGCCUGUGUCGUUUUGUCGGACGGAGACGGAGACGAACCUGGCCUCGCAUUUCGUGAUGCUGCUGCAGGGGAAGAGGCUGUGGGAGGUGGCGGACAGUCGGAUGGUGGCGGAGGCGGGGGAAACGCAAAUGCUGCCGGUGGCUGAUCUCGCGAGGAGAUGCUUGAGCGUGAAGGGAGAGGAGAGGCCGACGAUGGAAGAGGUGGCGGUAGAGCUCGAUGCGCUUCUAAGGCUCAUGAAGCAGCACUUAGCAUUGAGAAGAAGCUUACAGGACGGGGCGAGGCCUCUUGCUAAGCCUUUAGCUAUCAAUGACAAUAAUACUAUUGACGAGGUUGGUGCAGAGAGAGUCUGUGAAGGAGGAUGAGCACGGUGAAUGCAAUCUAAUUAACAAAUUAAAUAUUAAAGUGUAUAAAAUUGUAUGGUGCUGUCAAAGUGAAAGUUGUAAAAUGCUUGAUUGUCGAUUUAUUGUAAAAGUGUUGUCUAUUAUAGAGAAAGGUGCCGUUUCACAAAAAUUCUAAUAAACUAAAUUGUAUAAAAGAAAUUAGCUGUUGAAAA